AUGCCAUCCUCUCUGCAAUUCACAUGUUCUGUAUGCCUCUAUUUUAAUUUUCUUCAUGCACUUUGUAUAUAAGCUUAUCCAUCCUUUUCUUUCUUUUCAUUUUCUAUUGUUUCUAUAUUUCUCAUUUGACUUCUCUCUCGGUGUGCCUCUAACUACCAAUCAAACAAGUCCUUACGCGUAGUACACCAUUUAAUUAAUCAAUAAGAUUCCGUCAAAACGCGGUGCAUGCAGUCGUACUGCAUGCAUCCCUAACGUCACCCAUACAAAAAUUUAUAUAUUUAUAAAUAUAUAAGCAACCCCACCUGAAAAUGCUUCCCAUGCCAUGAUAUAUAUAACACAUACUUGUGUGGAAACUUCAUGAAAUUAACACACCACCACGCACGCAGUCACCUAACUUCUAACCUCUCAAGACGUCCAAGCAAAAUCGCCACCGCCACCGCCACCACGAGGACUGCGUCCAAUAUAUAUCAUCUGUUUGUCAAGAAUAUUGUGCUAGUGCAAGGGCAAGGCCGACAAUAAUUUGGCUUUCUUUGUGAAUUGUCUCAUUUUGAGUCGAAGCCUAAAUAAAUGUCUAGUCUCAGAACAAGACCAUCCAAAUCCGCCGUCGACCCAACUGCCGCAACCACCGCUUCAACCGUCGCAGACCAGGACGGGCAGGAAGCCCUGAAUUCUCCGCCGCCGCCGCCCACUCCAGCGCCAACCGCGAUCUCGAAGAUCCUAGGGAGCACGGCCAACUUAGCGAACCUCCUCCCCACGGGCACUCUCCUGGCGUUCCAAUUCCUGACGCCGGUGUUCACCAACAACGGAUCGUGCGACGGCGCCACCGGAUCCUUGACGGUGGCGUUGCUCGUGCUCCUGGCCGCUUCGUGCUUCCUGGCCUGCUUCACUGACAGCGUCAAGACGGACGACGGGCGAGUGUACCACGGCCUCGCCACACUGGACGGGAUGUGGCUUUUCGAUUACGAUAACUCGGGGGAGCUGCCGGAUCUGAGGAAGCACAGGGUGAGGUUGAUCGACGGGGUUCAUGGGGUUCUGACGGUGUUGGUGUUUCUGGCGGUGGCUCUGAGGGACAAAAACGUGGUGGGAUGCUUUUAUCCGAAGCCUGGUCAUGAGGCGCAAGAGGUUUUGGAUAUUGUUCCGAUUGGAAUAGGAGUGAUCUGCAGCUUGUUGUUUGUGGUUUUCCCAACUACGAGAAUUGGGAUUGGUUACUCACUUACGCCGGCGAAAUGAUUUUUCCGCUUCUUCGAUCAGACCAUUCGGCCCCAACAGGAAAAUUUAGUCCGCGUUGUUACAUGUUGAUGUCUGCAUCUUUCCCUUGCUGGCAGCCAAGCAAGAACAAACGAAAAAAGAAAAAUGGAUGUUGAUGGAUUUGACUUGAUGUUAUUUGAUUUUCUCUUUCCGUGGAAAAUUGCAAUUUUAAUUUUAUUCAACAAUAGGAGUUGUUUUUUCCUUGAAAGUAGGUUAGGGUGUGGCUGCUGAUGGAUGAUGGUAGUUGUUUUUCACUAGUUUGGUAGUAGACUAGUAGUUUACGUGUGCGUGUAAAUAAUUAAAUAAAAGCUAAAAGGGUAUUUUAGGUUUAAC